UCUGAACUUUACGAUCCAAUGACAGUCUAAUAUUUUCGCAAUGUGUGGUCGAACGGCUUGUGCCCUAGCACCUGAUGAUAUAUGUAAAGCUACAAGAUAUAACAGUAGAAAUGGUGGAAGACAGAAACCAGCAUGGAAAGAUGCUCCAGGAGGCAAAAAGUAUUAUCCUUCACACAAUAUUGCUCCUGCCUCUCACACACCAGUAAUGUUAUCAAGUAGACACUAUCGACCAGGAGAAAUAGAAGAAGGGGUAGAAAGAGUUAUACAGCCUAUGAAAUGGGGUUUAGUCCCGUCUUGGCAUAAAGGAGACCCGUAUAAAUUAGAGUAUGAGACUAACAACUGUCGUUCCGAGGGCAUGCUAACUAAACGAACGUAUAAAGUUCCUCUAGAGAAGGGGCAGAGAUGCGUCAUAUUAGCUGAGGGAUUUUUUGAGUGGAAAAGAUCAGAAAAGAACAAACAACCAUAUUUUAUCUAUUUUCCUAAAGAUAAUAUAGUCAAAAUAGAGCCAAAUUCAUCCUCAGAUAGUUCAGAAAUUAAAAAUGAAAAUGAAUGGAAGGGAAAUAAAUUGUUAACUAUGGCUGGUGUUUUUGAAAUUUGGAAACCACCCGAUGGUUCUGAUGAAAUUUAUUCCUACAGUAUUAUCACAGUAGAUUCCUCUCCUGCUAUGGCCUGGAUACAUCAUAGAAUGCCUGCGAUAUUGUCUACAGAUGAAGAAAUUAAUGAGUGGUUAGAUUUUGGUAAUGUUCCUUUAAAGAAGGCAUGUAAGCUAAUCAGACCAACUGAGAGUGUCACAAUGCAUCCUGUAUCAUCUAUCGUCAAUAAUUCUAGAAAUAAAUCACCUGAUUGUGUACUGCAGAUAGACCCUCAGAAACCCAAGAAAUCUGCCAGCAGUAAUUUUAUGAUGAGUUGGUUGGGAAAGAAAACAGAAAAUAAAUCUAACGAGGAACCAUCUUCAAAACGACAGAAAACUAAUUAAUGGGGGACGACAAUUUAGAAAAUGGUUAACUAUUUUCUAUUAACUUUCAGUAAAGAUUCAUCUUUUUUGUGACAGAAAUUUUUUACCAAAUUUAUUACAAUUUAUUCAAUAAUUCUGCAGGUUUCAGAAAUAAUACUUUGUUUUGUUAGUUAUAGUUCAUAGUAUAACAGUAACCAUUUUAUUAAAGAUAUAUUUUGUUAAUGUUUUAUUUUAAUUUGUGUUCAGCUCAGGAAUAAGAAUGUUAUCAUUGAAAGAGGAAGAUGAGUCUAAUCAAACACAACGAAACUAGUCACUGAUAAUCAGGGAUGACAGGUCGCAUAGCCAAUCUUUAUCUCUUAUAAGAAAACAAAAACAUAAAGCAAAUAUCUUGGUCAGCUUUAACUUAUAUACCAUAUACAAAUUUUCAUUUCAUGAGAAACUUGAACCAAUAUAAGAGCAGCUUAGCUUCAGAGAGUCCACACAGCGUCAAUCCUAUUAAUUUUGCCCAGAAUGAAAUCAGCCGCUGGCUGCCGUAUUGAUUACUGGUGCACGGUUAUCUUGUCAAUCAAACAGUCCAUAUAGCUUAUAAAAAAACUUAUUCCACAUACAAAUAUAAAUUUAAUAUUUUACUUGGUUCCAUCAUCUUUCGACUGAUUCUUGUGGUUUCUGUUUUAAAAUUAAAUUUUUCAAUUCAUCCCAUUUAUCA